UUCGACCUCCUCGACGUCAUGGAUCGGGGCAAGCAGAGAGCCGACAGCCCGCCGCCGCCGCGCCCCGCGUACUCCGGCGGCCUCGAGGCCUACCUCAACUUCAACGCGCUCAGCGUCGGCGGCGGCGAAGGCUCGUCGGCGUCGGCGAGGCAGAUGGAGCUGCAGCAAAGGUACGCGAUGCCGAACUCGCCGCUGGUGAUGCCCCUCCCGCCGCCCUCGCAGCCGCAGGACGGUGGUGGUGUUGUUGGGCGGCGGCGCCGCACCCCGCACCCGCUGCUGCUGCAAGUCCAGAGGGAGCUGUUGCGCGGGAUGCAGCAGGCGCAGCAGAACUACUGCGUGGGCGAGGGCUCGUCGAGCAGCGGCGCGCACUUCUGGCCGACGGGCAACGGCGGCGUCUCCCCGACGGCGGCUGCCCACGCCCCCACCGGUGACUAUGGCUUGCCUCCAGCCGCCGACCCCGUCAUGCCAUUCGGCGGUAUUAGCAGUGAGUACGUCUCGCGGUUCGGCAUGGGCUACGCCAAUCCGUUCGACGCUGCCGCUGCCUCCGCCGCCGCCACUGCGCCCGCCAUGCCCCGGCCGCCCGUGGCGCCGAGGUCGGGCACUCUGAGAGCCAGCGCCAGCCAGUACCAGCCCAUCGGUGCCGCGUCCCGCUCCAGCACCGGACGGUACAAUCCUUUGGGCAGCAGCAGCAGCAACCAUCCCCGCUUCUCCGAGCAGGUGUACCAUGAGAACCGCAACGUGGUGGACGCGCUGCGUGCUAACGAGGCGGGCAUUUCAUGGAGGUGCACGCCGCGGAUUAAAGAGGGCCGGUCCCCGGAGGAAAUCCGGUCGGAGAUGCUCCGUGGCCCGAUGCCGCUGGCGCUUGUGUUCUUCCAGUCGUCGGCGGCGCACGUGAUCCGCCUUCUCGAGGAGGGCGCGGAGAAGGGCGUCGAUCUGUACCGCCUGAGCGCGCUCGCCGCGAUCAAGACCCAGGUGCACAGGGUCAUGGAAGACAAGGAGGGGUCCCAGGUUUUCAUCGCUCUGAUGAACGCCUGCGCCGAGCGGAAGGACGAGAUCCAUGCCAUCGUCGCCGCCGCCACCGGACCGCCCGUCGUCGGCAACGUCAACGUCAACGGCGUGCCCAAGACCUCACAUCUCUUGCAUCUCACACGGCAGGAGUACGGGGAGUCUUCUCUGAAGGCGCUCAUCACCGCCGCGGCGCCGUUCUCUGACAUGUGCAAGCUGCUCGUCGACUGUUUCAUGUGCGAGAGCGUCAUGGAUCACCCAAGAGGGGAUCGAAUUCUUCGCUGCUGCUUCGAGUUGAUGAGCUACGGCGAUACCAAGAUUAUGAUCCAGUUCGCGUGCUACCACUCCAGUAAACUUCUCCAUUCGUCGCCAGGGUCGAGGUGCAUCUCGGAAUGCUUCGAGAGCGCGAGGGGCGAAGAGCUCGAGCAGCUGGAGCACAUCGUCCUGGUGAACGCCGCCACGAUCGCCAGGGGCAACUACAGCAACUACUUCAUCCAGCGGGUGCUGGUGAAGGGCAGCGAGGGGCUCAAGCAUAAGCUGGUGUCGGCCCUCAUGACGGACGUGGCGAGCCUCUCCCGACAGCAGUUCGGGAGCUACGUCGUCGAGGCCUGCUUCCUCACCACCGGGUCGGUGGAGCUGCUGCACCUCGUGCUCUCCACCUUCCUGAAACUGCCCGACGACCAGCUCGCCGACGUGGUGCAGUGCGGCUACGGCAACUACGUCAUCCAGAAGCUGGUCGACGCCAGCAAGGAACCGUUCCGCAAUGAGACGAUGAUGCUGGCGCGGCGGAUCCAGAGGCUACCGGAGGAGGUGCUGGACAGGAUGAGCGCGAAGCAGGUGCUGAAGUUCCUCAGGAGGCUCUUCCCCAGCCGCAAUCGCCUCCACUAGGCGCGUGGCGCUUGUUCUGUUUUGUAGGUCUGCAGUUCUGCAUGUUCACGAUUGUUCUGGUGUUUGUUAACAACUGUCAAUGUAGCAUCAAGGCAGGGACUUGCCAAUGUAGCCAGCCAAGCCAGGGCAAGGAAUUAAGAAGAGUCGAAUAGGAUUGUCUGUGUGUCUAGUAGCUUGUGUGUUCGUUUGUUCAAUUAGCCUGUGUUUGAUUGUUAGGCCGAAGUGAUUUAUAGGGGAUUUUGGGGGUUUGUGGCAUGAUCUGUAUGUCAUGUUAAAGUUUUGGUGUUGUGUGUUAUGAUUACCCAUUACUGUCGUGUUGGUACUAUGUUUGGCUAAUUGGCUCAAAAUACUAUGCAUUUGUUGUCUCUGAUGAUUGGCUGAAAAGAUUAUACAUGCUGUCUGAUGCUGCG